UUCAUGUAGUCGGGGAUCCGGUAGGACAGCAACAUGGGUUCAUGACAGGAUAAAGAGAUAACAUCUCUAGGGUCACAAGGAACAUGUGGAAGGCGACUUUUGUGGUGUUUUGCUGGGGCCUGCUGACUGCAGAGGGGGACAUAUCGGAACUGGACAAUUUCAAGGAUCAAGAUCCCAUUAGAAUCGGAGCUUUCAACAUUCAGAUUUUCGGGGAGACCAAGUUUGAAAAGCCCGAGGUAGCUCAGGAACUUGUAAAGAUUUUAUCACGCUAUGAUAUCGUAUUGGUUCAAGAGAUUAGGGAUUCUUCUCAAACCUACAUCUAUAAAUUGGUGGAGAAGCUAAACAACGAAACGAGGUCGGACGAGCCGUUCAGUUUAGUCGUCAGUGCACGCCUUGGUAGAUCGACCAGCAAAGAACAGUAUGCGUUCCUGUACAGGAAGAAGUACGUGAAUACAGUGGAAGUCUACCAAUACGAAGACCCUUUAGAUUUAUUCCAGAGGCCUCCUUAUGCCGUCAAAUUUCACUCCGAUGUAUUAGAUACUAUGCACGAAUUUGGAAUAAUUGGGCUACAUACGAGUCCCGAAGAUGCCUUCAUUGAAAUCAAUGCUCUAAGUGUUGUAUAUGCCGAAGUGGAACGGAGAUUUAAAACCCCCCACAUUCUGAUCGCUGGAGACCUGAAUGCAGAUUGCUCCUAUUUAAGCCGAACCAAAAUGAAAGAACUCUCCAUUCGCAAUGACACUUCAUAUAAAUGGCUGAUAGAUGAUUAUCAAGAUACAACGGUUAGCGGCACCAACUGUGCUUAUGAUCGGUUCAUCAUUAAAGAAAAUACAUGGCCAGAUAUAAUACCAGAUAGUGUCCAGGUUUUCCAUUACGAAAGUGAACAUCUGCUGACAAAGGAAGUGGCUCUGGCUGUAAGUGAUCACUAUCCCAUCGAAAUGGAACUUCGAGGAAAAUGUAACAGAGCUAUUCUACAGACUUACACUCCAUUAUUCUCAAUAGCGGUGGAGGACGAUCGGGUUAUUCCGUCCACAGAUUUAUCGUAUAUCAGAUAUAUCUACCAGAAAACAAGUGAAAGAAUUCCACAGUGGAGUGCGCAGGUCUAUAAAAUCGGGACCCGGAUGAAUUACGUCAUAGCUACCCGAACGAAUGUUGACAUCGCCAAAGCUAUCGAGGAAAUCUUCUUGUUUUACGAGGCAUUUCAACGGAAGGUGCUGAGCCUAGAGAGCAUUGCCUCGUUGAGGAAGCUGCUAAAUGAAUUUAAGUGUUUUAGGGAGCCACAUAUCAUGUACUGCAUGAAUACAACCCCUCUAUCUGUUGUUGAUCUUGCAGUCACGUGCACUCUAGUAGACCCAUUGACCUGCAAAAUCGAUGUGACUAGACGUCUUUCAUAAAGAUCAACCAUAUAGGUCUUUAGCUCACUGGUCUGAAAUUUGGGACAGAUGACCACUGAGAUACAAUUUCAUGCAUUCACAAAAACGUAAAUAAAUUGAUUCUAUAAUGAUUUAUCAAUGUUUUAAAUUCCCUUAAAAUGUUACUUACCCUGUGCUUCUCAUGUAUACCUGUAUACUUUGACCACAUACUAAGUAAUGUAUU